CAGAGGAUUGUGAGAUUCGCUGCAUGGUCUCAACUCCAGACUAAACUUUUCCUGGAUGAUUUUCCGGGAACAGAACUGAAUCCGGCCUCUUUCUGGACUCUUUUGUUCGAGGUCCGAUGGCUCCGCUCUCAAACCGAAGCCCUGCCGGAGCAGCGAGUUUAGAAGCUCUGCUGAAAGUCGGGCUCUCUUUCUGAACACCGAUCGAGUGCUUUCAUAGACCAGCCUGUUUACAGCUGGUACUGUUUCCAGGGCUUGUAAGGGGACUAUCCUCCUACCAGCAUCUUUCUGUACCUGUCCCACAACUCCACUGGUCCCACUUUGUUCUGGUUUCGCUGCUUGGAUGAGGCACCGCUUCAGCACUUGAUGCAAACAUGGACUCCUUCUGCUGGUUCAGCAUUAUUUCUGAGCACUUUUGUGCUGCUGAAUUGUUCUCUGCAGCUGUACUAAAAUAAUAACAGUACCAAACUGUCUCUAGAGUCUGAGUCACUCUGGAUCUUCUGCUGUUCUCCUGGACCUCAGACUCCCAGGCUCUCUGCCAGUCUAAAAUAUUUAUGGACGCUCUCUCAGGACUGGGAAAAGUCCAGAUCGUGUGCUGGACUUUGGGGUGAGCAGUAUGGUGGCGGGGCAGGGACCCCUCGGCCUGCUGGCACAGCGGUUUAACUCUGGAUGCUCUGUGGAGAACACCAACAUGGGGAAAGAGGUGGAGGAGCCCAGCACCAAGCGCAGUAAGCCCUUAUCCCGGGUGGCGUCUCUGGCCAGCCUGCUGCCGCCUGUCAAGACCACGCCGCUGAAGAGGAUUGGUCAGACACUGCAGCGCACCAUCACUUUCCGUAAUGAGAGCCGGGCGGAGAGAACUGCUCCUCGUCAUCCUCCUUCCUCCUCCUCAGUGAUGAAGGCACGUGUUACAGCGACACUCUCCAGCCCUUCGUCCUCCGUGACCACCCCGAGGGUUUCCACGGCGGCUGCUCCGGCCUCCAAGCGUCGGGACAGCAAACUGUGGAGUGAGACGUUCGACGUCCGACUGGGAGCGGCGCAGCCCCUGAGCCCCAAGGAGAUAAAACGACAAGAGGCUAUAUUUGAGCUGGCUCAGGGCGAGCAGGACUUGGUGGAGGACCUGAAGUUGGCCAAGAAGGCCUACCAUGACCCGAUGCUGACCCUGUCCAUCAUGACUGAGCAGGAGCUCAACCAGAUCUUUGGUACCCUGGAAUCACUGAUCCCUCUGCAUGAAGACUUGCUGAGUCGCCUCCGCGAUGCCAGAAAACCCGAUGGGUCCACAGAACAUGUAGGACACAUCUUAACUGACUGGCUUCCCUGCCUCUCCGCCUACACGCCGUACUGCAGUAACCAGGUCAAAGCCAAGGCCUUGUUGGACCAGAAGAAGCAGGACCGGCGAGUCCAGGACUUCUUGCAGCGCUGUCUCCAGUCACCUUUCAGCAGGAAGUUGGACCUGUGGAACUUCCUGGACAUCCCGCGCAGCCGGCUGGUGAAAUACCCACUGCUGCUCAGGGAGAUCCUGAAGCACACGGCCAACGACCACCCGGAUCGGCAGCACCUGGACGAAGCGAUGCUGAUGGUCCAGAGCGUGGUGGCGGACAUCAACAGGCGAACGGGAGAGUCGGAGUGUCAGUACUACAAGGAUCGCCUGCUGUACACGGAGGACGGACAACGGGACGAACUCAUCGACCGCUCCAGAACCCUGAGCUGCCACGGAGAGCUGAAGAACAACAGAGGACUCAAACUUCACGUGUUCCUUUUCCAGGACGUCCUGGUCAUCACCAGAUCCAUGUCGCUGAGCGAGCAGCCGGUCAGCUAUCAGCUCUGCCGCCAGCCCAUCCCCAUCCGUCAGCUCGACCUGGAGGACCUAGCAGAUGGAGAGAUAAGAGUGGGCGGGUCCAUCAGAGGGGCCUUCAGCAACAAUGAGCGGACAAAGAACUUCUUCCGGGUUUCGUACCGCACUGGAGGGCAGCUGCAGAGCCACUGCUUCCAGGCCAGCGACGCCUUCAACAAACAGCAGUGGAUCAACUGCAUCAGACAAGCCAAAGAAGCUGCAGCGCUGACUGUGGACCAGCCGUCAGAGAUGGGACAGUGUCCAGAGACAGGGCUCAGUGGACAGAUAGGGCUGAGUCCGUGCAAUGAUUCAGGGAAUGAAAAGGGGCUGUCGGGGCAGAUAGAGAAAGGGCAGGGAUUGGAGGGAGAGGUGAGUCUGCAUGGAAAGGAAGAGCUUGGACUGAUUGAUGGGGGCGGCUUGAGUUUAACUCGAGAGAUGAUGACGAAGGCAGAUUUGGGUUUCCACGGUGAAUCAGGGCUGGUGACCGGUGAGACGGAGACAGGUGUGGAGGUAGGGAGAGAGCAAGGUAUCAAUGAGAUGGGAGCAGAAUCAGGAGCCACUGCAGACUUUAAGGUGGAUGAAGAAGGACAGACACUCACCGAAGGUGAUGAUGCAGUUCGCAUUUCCCUCUUCUCAUCUCCUGGUCCCAAAGGAGAGAAGGAUGAGGUGAUGGAGGAGGAGGAGGAGGGCAAUGCUGAGGAGGAGGGCAUGGACACUGGCGAGAUGGACUUGCUGCAGAGCGAGGAGCUCAUCCACAGGUGCUGAUAGGACGACACCUUACCUGACUGGAACUGCACUCAAUCAAACAUGGGAUUCAGCGAUGAUGUAACUGACAAACAAACCCAAAGAAACAUGUACAAUCAAACUCAAGUCACAUGACCAAAGGUGCUCACUGCUCUUAGGCUGCUGCUCAGAAACAAGGCUAAAGGGGCAAAAACCUGUUAUCGGUGUAAUUAUGAGUGGGAAAAACUGUCGUCCUCCUCAGAGUGUCCUCGGUAAUAUUACUGUAAUGUGUUAAAUAAUAGAACAACAACCACUGAAAUCUCCUUUUCUAAUCAUACAUGAUAAAAUAUACAUUUACAUGUUUCAAAAGUUCCCAUUUCUCAGUUUCUACAUCCUUGUUUCCUCUCCUUGUGUCCUCUCUUGUCAUCAACCCCUCCCAUCAGAGACAUCCUUCAGUGCAGUGUACUGCCAUUCAUUUCCUCACUGUGUGCAUUAUGAAGGACUCAAAAUAAAAGAUGUGUGAGUUCCCUGAAAGGUGAAGUCCAGGAGAGAAGAUGUGGAGCAGUAACAUGAAUGUGCUCCAUGUGAAAUAAAGGAGGCUGCUGUUUCUGAUGAGGACAGAGGAAAAGGUGACAGCAAACAGUAUGUCAAGGAAAUGAGUCAGAAAGCACACCUCUUCCACACAGGAGGAAACUGGCACUGCCUUGCAGUGAGAACAGUGUCAGACGGGCAGUGGGACCCUCCUCUCCCUCAUGUUAAAUAGUCCCUGGUUGAAGUGCUGCACCCAUUCUGGUCAGCCUGUAGACACCAAAAUAAAAGCCCUGGUGAGUUUAGAGUUUUGAUUGUGUUGGAAGAUUUGAGGAAAUGAAAGGCCUUCAGAGAAAUAGCCCUACAGUUGGUAAAUGAUGGGAGCACAGCUUGGCCAUGUGACAGGAACUCCCAGGCUGCAGUUAGUCAUGAUGUCAUGCUUGUGACAUCCUCUCGUGUAUUAUUAGUCAAAGUUAGUCUACACACCAAUUCUGUUGUAGAGAUUGAGUAGAGCCACAGACUGUAUAUAAAAGAUGGACUUUCAUUAAACCUGCAUUCUUUCUCAUUUUCAACAGGGGGCGACUCCUCUGGUUGUAAAAACGAUUUUAAUCCCCAAACUGAAGGCUUCCUGGAUGGCGUGUACCACACAGGAAGCUCUCAUAUUUCUUAGAUAAUUCUAUUUAAAAUGCUCCAACAGUGAAGGUGUGCAGGAACACCUGUCAAUCAAAAGCCCUGCUGAACUGUUAUGAAGGGAGAAACUAUUCACAUUGUUAAUAUGCUUUUUUUAAUGCUGUAAAGUGGAGCAUUUUUACAUGGAAAUCUACGGGGGACUGAUUUCCUAGCCUCAAGUGGCCAUCAGAGGAACUGCAGGGUUUUUUUUAGUUCUGUCACCUGGUCAGUCGUCUCCUGUUUUAGUUUUCUGGUCAGGUGUAGGAUUACUUCCUCCUCAGUUAGUCAUUUAAAUCGCUGUGUUUCAUAAACUGUUUAAAUGGUGUCUGAAAACACUGGAAACACACGGCUGUAAUUCUCUUUUGAUGGGUUAGCAGAUUCUAUUUAUCAUAUAUCCCAACAGCUCUGCUGUAGCUUCACCACAAAGCUGCUGCAAACUGAAAUGCUCUGCAUUCAAAGUUGUGUUGAAGGAGGAGCCUGUUGUGUAUGUACUGUAUGUAUAUAAAUAUGUAUAUGAAGUAUAUGUGUGAGAAGGAAAAAAGCCAAGCAUUACUGUUUAUUAUAUAUGUGCUACAUGCUACACAUGAAAUAUGAUUGCAAUGUUAAGAAUCAGUUCUGAAGAUGCUAAUAAUGACAUCUACACUACUGUGCAAAAGUCUCGAGCCACCCUUCAUUUCUUUAUAUUUUACUAGGGAAAUGGGGGGUAGGUGCAGUGAUUUACAUGCAUGGACAUGCAGUACCUCAGGCAGGAACAGAGUACACAGUAUUUGGUGUGAACACCUUUAUCCUUCAGCACAGCCUGAACUCUGAGGCAGCUUUUGCUUUAAGCAGUCCUCAGGAAUCGUUCUCCAGUCAAAGUUCUUCUUUGGGUGUUUUUGUUCUGGUCAUUUUAUUUUUUGUAGAUUAAGUAAAAGAAAUGGGAACAAAUGCUAUAUUUUUGCACCAGCUGCUAGUAACAAAGUAUUUAAAGAGACUAUUUAAAAUUGGUUCUUUGCAAAUAGACACAACACUGGUUCAUCCUUUGAGUUAUGAGCCUUUUUUAUGCUUGAAUCAUGGGUCAGUGUUGAGUGACUUAACAAACAAAUAAAAAACUUUAAUCAGAAAAUGGUCAGGUACAAGGACUGGACUGAAAAUGAUUGAAAUAGCAGCCGGUGUUCAAAGGAAACAUUCGAAAGCCCUUCAGAAAGCCUGGAGACCUGCUGCUCAAAUGCAGUUUGAGAAAAAUACAUCUGGCUCAAAACUUUUGCACAGUCCUCAUAUAAGGAGAUUUGAACGUCUCAGCCUGGAGAACACUCACUCUGUUUUAUAACAAUGAAAAAGGUGGUGUUUCAGCUGAAGUGUUAUUGUGAGGACCAAAGCAUCAAUAAAUUGUUUUAAUACAAA